GAUCAGUUUACCAAUAAUUUGCUUCACUAUUUUACGCAUAUUUGAUGGUGACCUAUACGAUCCUUUGUCUGCAGUCUACGUGACAACAUCAGCCAAGGAAACUGAACAAUCCUGGUCUAUUUUUUGUGACGACACGGAUAUCGAUGUUUGUCUAGCGAGCGAAUACGCGUACGCCUGGAUCGGAGAUUCGGAAUACCGUGACUUGAAAACGUGUACACUGGAUCAACAAUACGAGGAGGUGAAAAAAACCACAGUGAACAGUCACGUGAUGAAGUAUGGUGAGAUGGCGAUGGGAAGUCUCCCAGUUGGAAAAUUCCAAGGUCAUUAUGAUCUGCCGAUGCUCGGGAUUCAUGGUACAAUGCGACCGAAUGCCGUAGAUAGACAACCCGCUUCGCUGGCACGUUCGUUGUCAAAUUCUCGACGCUUAAUGGAGGCAACAACGGAGCAAGAAAACGAAACCGCUUGGCGGAAGCUGCAGCGUUCAACUAAGCUUGGCCAAAUCAUCAAGGAAACGGUUCGCGACAUCGUCAGGGACGUGACGAACCGCCAUAAAUCAACUUUGAAAGGCUUGUCUAAAAGGGAUGAGCUCAUGUGUUUUCAGGCAGUUUUCGAUCAAUUCCGGGCGCACUGCUUCACAAUUCAGCAGGUAGGGUUGACCUCUGAGGUACGAACACAAGCACUUGCAUACGUCACCAGCAAAUGCACUCACCCCUGGCGUUACAUAAGUCGAGCCCCAGGCCCAAAACUACGUCCAGAUAAAUCGCCAGCAGACGACCUUUACGGUAGGAACUUUCGGGGCAAAUCCGGUACUCACAUCACCAGCACCUCCGUUCUCUUUUUGAAAUUGGACCUUAAUCCCGCAAGAUCGUGUUCAUUAGUUCAACAAUUUGUGGGUUGCUUCCAGAGCCAGUGCGAUUUCAUAACGUCACUGGAAGUUCGCCGACAACCCACGAGCGGUUUUGCUCUUCUUGGGGCUCAUCAGGUAGGCGAAGUCCCCGAUGAAGGGGUGACAGGUGGCCGAAGGAGGCCAAAGCUGGCUAUUGCAGAUAUUCAUUAUGUGUGUCGCUGGAUAGUAGCACGUAGAACGUUGAAUCUCUCCGAAAUCAAUGAUCCGAAUGUUCACCGCCUUGAUCAAGUUCAUGUCGAUCUUCAAGCUAACGAAAUUGCGUAUCACCGGUCAUCUCGGUUCAAUACUUUUAUCGCCAUUUUUGUGCUUCUUCUGAUUUUAUCUGUCCACACUCUCUACGUGACAACAUCAGCCAAGGAAAAUGAACAAUCCUGGUCCAUCCUUUGUGAAGACAAGGAUAUCGAUGUUUGUCUAGCAAGCGAAUACCGGUGCGCAUGGAUCGCAGAUUCGGAAUGCGAAGUCUCCCAGUUGGAAAGUUCCAAUGUCAUUAUGAUCUACUUAUGCACCGAAAUGACGGAACAAUACUA